CUGUCUGCAGCUCCACUCUUCCAGAAGUUUGUAGAACCUUCUUCCUCUACUGUCGCUCCAUUCUCCCCCGAUUUUAUCGGUUGUGUUUUAUCCAGUCCUAGGAAUUGCUAAGAGGAUCUAGCUCAAAAUCAGAAUACAAAUCAUCCCGAAGAAGAAGAAAUGUUCGGGGUGGUUUUCCCCGACCGAAGCUUUCCAAUGGACAUCUCCGCCUUCUCCCAGAUCGACCCACUCCACUGGCUCCUCGACAUGAACACCUUCGUCGGUGCAGCCUACUACGAGGUGAAAGAUAUGUGCAUUUUCCUCCUCAACUCCGCCUUGCUGCCGCCUGAGAAGGCCCUUGCCGUCUACGUCCAAGCCCCUGGACAGCCUUUCCUAUUCUGCGGGGCCGUCCACAACACCCGCCCCUCAGCUGUCCUCUCCCUCCCUUGGCCCCCCGCCCCUGCUGACAUAGCCGACGCUGCGGCGGGAGCCAUCCAGGUCGGCGGCGGAGCGGCCAAGAUCGGAGUAUCUGUUGAGGACCUUGCGGCGUUGCCUCCGAUGGUAGACGCCGGCGCGGAGAAGAGGAUCGAGCGGCUUGCAUUGCGGGUUGGUGAGAAUCUCUUCAAUUUUAUGCAGUCGUUCUGCGGUGUGGAUGGUUCUCGGCUCGUGGUGCCUAUGGAUAUACUGGACCGAUGGUUUAAGAAAUUCCAGGAGAGGGCUAAGCGGGAUCCCACCUACCUCAAGGGCUUCGCAUUGUGAUUUGUGAGGUUGGGGGGUAAAGGUAUGAGCUUUCUUACUCUUGGAUUUGUGCUGAAAGAAGUUAUUUAUCCGUUGCCUUGAAAGAGAACUUGGCUUAGGGAUUGUGAUGCCCUGUGGUGGGUUUUAGGUCUAGCUGUUUGUUAAGGCUUAUUUUUAAUUUGGAAGAAAAUUCACAUUGAAAAUUAUCACCAUCGCCAAAGCAUUUUUCUGUUCUAAUAAAAUGUAUGAUUGUAGUUGUUAAUCAUUAGUAAAUUCAGUUGCCCAUUGU